UAUAAAUACCCCCCCAUCCAUCCUCUCUCCCCCCAUCGAGUCGACUGUGUUUGCAUAUCAUCCGGUGUGAGAGGAGUUCCUUCAUUCAUAAGCUCGCUGAUGGCUUCAAACCAUAUCAAGACGGCCGCGCAUGCCAGAGGGGGCGUCCGCAAAUGUCCAUGCGACAACGAGUCUCGUUGGGCCAUGGAACCUGCAGACAAAAUCACUGGCAUCAGCAUUGGCGCUGCUUCAUGCGUAAACUCCAUUAAGAUAACCUUCGACAUCGACGGAACCACUCGUGUAACUCCCAGAUAUGGAGGCCCCGGCGGUGAACUAUUCCAGUUUACUCUCAAGCAAGAUGAAUACCUCACCUCCGUUUCUGGGUAUGUCAAAUACGACUGUUCUGAAUUUCCAUGCGUCUCUCAGCUCACGUUUACCACCAAUCUUGGAAAGACAUACGGUCCAUAUGGAGGUGGGGGUGGAACCUUUUUUGAAGUCAACGUAGAAUAUGACGAGAUUAAGGGCUUCUUCGGACAAGCAACUACAGAGUAUCUCACUGCAUUUGGAGUCUACGUGAUGCUGGCUUAGCCAACCCUUGUGGAGGGUGUUGACUAUCUAUCUCUAUCUCUGUGUGCCAUGAUGAAUAAGGAUGCCAAUGUCUGUUACUGGCAUCUAUGUUUGAGUUGGGUGUGUGUUUGAGUAGUGUGAAACAAAGUCUAUCUUAUUAAUGCUAUGAUGUGUCUCAUUGGUGA